ACGCUGAGUCGGUAUUAUUGUUUAUACAAUACGAUUGCGAUAACACGAAUAAUAAGAUACCUUUAUGCGAAUUUAACACAUUUAAAACCAUCUUCAUUAACUUCAUUUCAACUAAAAGAAAUAAUAAUUGUUCAUCCACUAGAAAACAUCUUUCUUGUUUUAUACUCACUGUAAUAAUAUUAUGUUCUGAGUACGUUUGUCAUAAUAUGUGAUCGUGUUGUGAUAUUCAUUGGCAAGUAGGUAGAAUGCGUUAUUCGUCUGUUUUAUAGGCAGUGUUGGUUUUUCUAUCAAUGAAGCAUACGUUUCAUGUAUUCUUCAUGGUUCUUAUAGUGCAGUUCUGUUAUUAAAUCGGACAACUCCGAAUAUGGAAACCAAUCAUCCAGUAUCAACGUCACAGGUUGUCGAUGCCGUGGAGAACAUAAAACAUGAUCGCUCUCCAAGCCAUGGGUCCCGGAUCAACAAUAUGAGUCACAUGCCAACAUUUGGUCUACCAGCUAAUGCCUAUGAAUUAAAUUCCAGUGCUCGAUUAACUAUCAGGUUUGAUAGAGAAAUGUUCAACAGUAGUCUAUUUGAGAGUGAAAUAGAAAUCAGUCCAGCAUUUCGAUUUAAUAGAAAUGACUUUUUCAGACCUCCCCAUUUUGAUUUCAGUCAUAGAAGUAGCACAUUGUUAAAUGGACAAUUCUCUACACCUAAAGAAAUGGGUCAAAAUUUAGAUACCAAAAAAUAUUUGCAUGAGUUUGGGUUGAAAAAAGCCGAGAUUAAAGCCAAACCAUUUACAUGUGAUGUGUGCAAAAAAUCGUUCUCUAGUUCUGGUGGUUUGACUGUCCAUUACAGAACACAUACAGGUAACAAACCUUUCAAAUGUGAUUUAUGUAAUAAAACUUUCUCAAAUUCAAGUCAUUACAAUUACCACAUGCGUGUACAUUCAGGAGAUAAACCAUUUAAAUGUCAUGUGUGCAACAAAGAAUAUUCUUGUGCUAAUGGUAUUUUGUACCAUCAGAGAACUCAUCACUUUUUACAAGAUACAAAACCGCUGAAAUGUGAUGUAUGUGACAAACUGUUCUCCAGCAUCGGUGGCCUGACUGUUCACUACCGCUCUCACACUGGUGACCGGCCGUUUAAGUGUGAUGUGUGUUUUAAAACAUUUACUAGUUCCAGUCACUGCAAGUAUCAUCAGAAGUCUCAUUCGCAGUUGAUUACCAAAAAAACCUUGAAAUGUGGUAUUUGUAACAAAUUGUUCUCCAGUUCAGGUGGCCUUGUAGUUCAUUACAGAAUGCAUACUGGUGAUCGUCCAUUCAAGUGUGAAGUUUGCUUCAAGUCAUUUACCAGUUCCAGUCAUUUCAAAUACCACCAAAAAUCGCAUAUGAUUUCGAAUGAUAAAAAAACAUUGAAGUGUGAUGUAUGUGAUAAAUUAUUUUCUAGCGCUGGUGGACUGGUUGUUCAUUACCGCACACAUACUGGCCACAGACCAUUCAAAUGUGAAAUUUGCUUAAAAUCUUUUACCAGCUCAAGUCACUUCAAAUAUCACCAAAAAACCCACAUGGUUAAUGUCUGAUGAUUCUAUUUAAAUUCAAUGUAACUUAAAUACAUUUUAGCCAAAAGGAACUUAUUACUUAUUAGGUUAUUAUAUAUAUAUAUUUAAAUGCUUACUUUUUA